AUGGUUAAACACUUCAUGAAAAGCAAGCCCCUGAAGCUGCCACAAGGACUUUCAACUGAAGAGAACGUGUCUAACAUGUGCCUGAAGAUCCCUGGGGAUUGCAAAGCAAACAAGACAUGUCAUGACCCAGACGUCCGCGAUCCGGUUCUUGUGUUCUCGGCUUUCCCAGGCCUCGUGCAGCGCUUUGCACACUUCGGCGCGGCCCCGACGGAGCUCGGGGCGAAUCCGGGUCCCGGGGCGCGGGCUCGGCCCCUUCCGGCCCCUUCCGGCUCGUUCCCAGGCAUGCAGCGGGCGCGAGUGCUUCUGCGGCUCGGGGGGCUCCGAGCCCCCAAAGGCCUGGCCGCCGCCGCCCGCGCCGGGCCCCGCCUCCGCCCCGGCCCGGGCCUCCGCCUCCGCCGGGCUCCGCGGCUCGGGUCGCUGCGCAAGGCCGCAGCCGCCGCGACCCCGGAGCGCCCCGACGCGGGAGGAAUAAAUUCCAGUGAAUGUGAAAAUAUGUCAGAAAAAGAGGAAAUGUCGGAGGAGUUUGAAGCCAAUCCUGUGGAUUCUCUGAUAAACAUGCCACUUGCUACUAUAGAUAUUAAAGAUGAUGUUGGAAUCACUGAUGUACCUCAAAGAAAUUCUAAGAGGAGUAAAGAAAAUGAAUGCAUCAAGAGUGAUCAAAUAAAGAAGAGGAAAAGAAAGCUAAAAGACUAUCAGCCCAACUAUUUCCUGUCCAUCCCAGUCACUAACAGAGAGAUUACAGGAGGAAUUAAGAUCCUUCAAAAGGCAAUAGUACAACAAGAUAAGCGACUGGCCAAAGCAAUGGUGGGUGAUGGUUCCUUUCAUAUUACCCUGCUAGUGAUGCAAUUAUUAAAUGAAGAUGAAGUAAACAUUGGUAUUGGCGCACUUUUGGAGUUAAAGCCAUUCAUAGAAGAAAUUCUCCAAGGCAGACAUUUGACUUUGCCGUUUCAAGGGAUUGAUACUUUCGGAAAUCAGGUUGGCUUUGUGAAGCUGGCUGAAGGAGAUCACAUGUACCCACUUUUGGAGAUAGCAGAGACUGCAAAAAGGACAUUUCAAGAAAAAGGCAUCCUGGCAGGAGAAAGUAUAAGUUUUAAGCCUCACUUGACCUUCAUGAAAUUGUCAAAGGCACGCAUGCUUCGUAAGAAUGGAGUGAAAAAAAUAGACCCUGAAUUGUAUGAAAAAUUCAUCAACCACAGAUUUGGAGAAGAAAUGUUACGUCGCAUAGAUCUUUGCUCCAUGCUGAAGAAAAAACGAAGUGAUGGUUAUUAUCACUGUGAGUGUUCAAUUGUGGUCGGCAAGAAACUUAUUGGAAUCCAAGACUUAAUUAAUGAAGCUUUGCACCAAGAAAGACUGAAUCUGAAGUCCAAAGUGAAACAGAUAAAGGAACUUUUAUUAAAGCCUGAAAUUCAGGCCAAAAUUAGGAGGGAGCUUUUUGAAGGAAAAUUUAUUAAUAACAGUAAUCAAACAAAUAAUGUUGAUGUCAACGCAACUUUGACAUAA